GCGCAAGUCUCCAGAUCAAUUAACGUAUCAAUCCUAAGGAGGUCUCAAUAUAAUCAUUCCCGCACCAGUCACAGCAAUGUCAUCUUUAUCUCUAGUAGUUGUUCUCACACUGGUGGCCAUAUCAUUCAAGGGAAGCACCGCAUGUAAGUGCAUUCAACUGGCUGAUGAGUCCAAGAUAUGCCUCGCUGACUAUGUUAUUUCUGGCACCUUGUUAGAGACGAACUCACCAGCUGAACAGAACUCACUUGACAGCGUGAUCGACUACCGUGUAUCAGUGGGCAAGGUUUAUCGGAGUUUUCGAAAGCUUCCGACUACGUUGGCGAUCAGGACGGAAGGGCACACAUGUGGGUUCACUGACCUACAGGUCAAUGCAACUUACUUUAUUGCUGGACAAAUUCAAGAUGGAAUGUUCAUGAUCAAUCGCUGCUCAUCAGUGGUCGCUAAAUACGGACCAGAUAACAUCCCCUAUCGUGAUUCUGAUGUCAAAGUCAAUGUCAAUGUUACGUCCGGGGUCACGUCGUGUCACGAAGAAGAAGGAGAAGUGAAAGGCUAUGGUUCAGCCGUGCUGUUGACCUCUAAUGUUGGUCUUCUCAUAUUUGUUCUCUGUGCCGCGAUUUUGAAGAUGUUCUAAAUGUUUUACAUGUACAUACGGUUUUCAACAAUAAUGAUUAAUGAAGUUGCUUGUUGAAGUAUAUUCUAACAUUCUAAAAAGAAAAUCAUUGUGUGUUUUCUGCGAAUUUGGAUAUGAUUUCCAAUAAGGAGUCGGUAUAAAAUGUUUUAAUUUAUGGAUUUAUUCAAUAUAAUUGGA